AUGGAGGUUGUUAAUACUAUUGUGGGAAAAAUGUUAGAGCCAAUGAUAGAGCUUUUGUUCACAUCCACUCGGCGUCAAAUUGGUUAUGUGUUUCACUACAAACACAACAUCAAGAAUUUUGAAGAUGAAGUUGAGAAUCUCAGAGCUUGUUUGAAGAAGGUCCAAGACGAUGUCGAAAUGGCCAGGGACAAUGGGAUGGUUGUGGAGGAAGAUGUUUCGAAGUGGCUGGAGAAAGUAGAGAGGUCGUUGAUCACGUUUGAAGAAGAGAAGAAGUUAUUGCAAGACAGACAAAACCUGUGUUGUCUUGAUGUUUGCUCAAGGCAUCAGCUUGGUAGGGAAGGGAAAAAGAAGACUUUGGAUGUUACUGGUCUAAAAGAUGAAGGCAAGUUUGAGAGACUUGCACAUUCUCCUCGUCUCACUGAUAUUUGGAAUGUCUCGUCCACAAAUUUUGAGCAAUUUGAAUCCAGAAAUUCGGUUUUUAACGAGAUCAUGGAGGCGAUGAAAGAUAGCGGUAGUUACAAAAUUGGAAUAUAUGGAAUGCCCGGUGUUGGAAAGACAACAAUGGUGGAAGAAGUUGGAAAACAAGCUGAAAAGGGCCUGUUUGAUGAGGUUGCAAUGGCAGUUUUCUCCCAAACUCCAGAUCUGAGAAAAAUCCAAGUAAAACUUGCAGACUGCUUAAAUCUGACACUAACUAAAGAAAGUGAAGAAGGCAGUGCGGGUGAACUACGCAAUCGAUUGAAGAAUGGAAGAAAAAUCCUUGUAAUAUUGGAUGAUGUUUGGGAUGAUCAGACUACACUGAAGAAAAUCGGAAUUCCAGAUGAUAUAGACAAUAGCAAGGGUUGCAAGAUUUUGCUUACCUCGCGAAGGCUAGAAGUGUGCAGACGGAUGGGGUUUGAAAAAAACUUCGAAAUUGGGCUCCUAUCGAAACCUGAAGCUUGGAAACUAUUCAAAAGAACUGUGGGAGAUUAUAUUGAAGCUGAUCGGGAAAUGCUUUCUGUAGCAGGAAAAGUGUGUAGAGAAUGUGGCUGUUUGCCUUUGGCAAUUCUUGCAAUUGGAGCAGCACUGAAGGGUGAGAAAGGAAAGCACAUGUGGGAUGAUGCACAUGAACAAUUGAGGAAUUCUCAGGGAUAUAAAAUUGAGGGAGUGCCAGAAAAACUAUAUUCAAACAUAGAGUGGAGCUAUGACUAUCUGAAGCAAACAGAUCUACAGUUAUGCUUUCUACAUUGUUGUUUGUUUUCAGAAGAUACAGAAAUUUCUAUUGAUGAUUUGGUGAAGUAUGGAGUAGGAACGGGGUUUCUUCGAGGCUUGGAUACAAUGAAAAAGAAAAGAGAUAGGGCAAAAACGUUGGUUAGUAUCCUCAAGAAAUCUAAUUUAUUGUUGGAAGGUAAAGAUGAAAAUUUCGUUAAAUUGCAUGACGUAAUUCGAGAUGUUGCUAUUUUAAUUGCAUCAAAAGAUCCGAAUGUGUUUCUCGUAAAAGAUGCUGUCAAUGUUUGGCCUGAAAAUGAUGAUUAUAGAUGUUGCAUGGCAAUAUCAUUAAGGACUUCCCACGAUGUUGGUCAGCUUCCGUAUCAGUUAGUUUGCCGAGAACUACGUACGCUAGUGUUGGGAUGCAACACCACUGAUGGUUUAGAACUAGAACUCCCGAGUAGCUUUUUUGAAUUGAUGGAAAAGCUUGAAAUUCUGGAUUUGUAUAGAAUAAAUCUACUACAAUCAUCACUUUCAAAUUUGGUUAAUCUUCGGAUGUUACGUUUGCGCAAAUGCAAGCUGGUGGAUCUAUCUUUCCUAAAAAAUUUUAAAAAGCUUGAGAUACUGAGGAUUGAUGAUUAUUAUGUCGAGCCUGGAGUGAUUAUGCGGGGGUAUGAUGAUUAUGAUUUCAAACAUAAACUGAUGGUUGAUGAAGUAGGACAAUUACAUCAUCUGCGUUCGUUGGAUUUGAGAAAAUGUAAUUGUCAGAUGGCUGAAACAUUUCAGUCGGGCGUCCUAUCACAUCUAUCCGGCCUGGAGGAAUUGUACCUUCCGUUGAGAUUUGAGAAACGGGUUAACAAAGGCAAUGUGAGUAUUGCGGAGCUACAUUGUUUGAGUAGCUUAAACAGUUUGCAUAUUUUGCAUAUUUGGAUACCAGAACAUAUCAUCUUACUGCCCAGCUUUCAAUCGUUGACAACAUUUCACAUUUGGAUUGGGUUUCCUGAUUGGAUGGAUGAGUAUCGGUGCAAUCGUGAAUACACGGAAACAAAGAUCUUGGGACUCAAGAAUGUUCCUUGGAAGGUUGAGUAUAACGUUUUGAUGAAGAAUGUUGAAGUACUAUAUUUGCUUAAUUCGGAAGGUGCAAAGAAGGUGCUUCACCACAUAGACAGAGAGUGGUUUUUAGAGUUGAAGUCUCUUGUAGUUGAGAAAUGGGUUGACAUGGAACAUCAUCUACUAGGAAAACCUCAUGGACCAUGCCCAUUGGGUUCUUUUGGCAAACUGAGUGAAUUAGAAGUUGGAAAAUGUGGAUCAAUCAAGUAUCUCUUUUCUCCUUCUACGGCAAGCGGUCUUUCAAAUCUGCAGAAGCUCAUAAUUAAAAAUUGUGAGAUGUUGGAAGAAAUAGUUGGAGGUGAUGAGGAAGUCGUGGAUAAACUUAUUUUUCAUCAGUUAAAGGUCAUGCGAUUAGACUCUCUGUCAAACCUCAGAAGCAUCUAUUCCAAUACAAAGAAGAUAUCAACUUCAGAGUGCAACACAUCCACCAUUGAACAAGCUCUUUUUAAUGAAAAGGUUACUUUUCCUGUCUUGGAGAUAUUGAUCAUUGAAAAAUUAAGUAGCAUUACCGCUAUAUGGGACAAACAAUUACUCCCAAUCCAAGAAGCAGAAAAUUCCUUUGAGCAUCUCCAACAAUUACAUGUAGAAGAUUGUGAGAAGAUAGAAAGGAUAGUCGCAUUCAGAAUAGGACAAGGAGAAGAAGCAGACACAAGUCAUGAGAUUGCUAUGUUCACUAAGUUGAAGAUUUUGAGUCUUAAAAAGUUGCCAAGCUUGAAAAGUUUUUGCCAAAGCCAUGGUUCUAAAAAAGAAGAAACAUCGGAGCAAGGCAUUUCCCAACUACAAGCUCUCUUUUUCAACCGCAAGGUAGUAAUAGUUGCUGUUGAUCUGGUUACAUUUCCAAUGUUGGAGGAACUGAGACUCUCUGAUGGGAGCCUCUUUGAACAUAUUUGGACUGCCCAGAUUCCAGCGAGCUCCUCUAGCAAACUAAGAGUCUUGCAGGUAGCUCAAAACAGGAAAUUAGUAAAAUUUCCUCCUAACCUGCUACAGAGGUUUGAAGCUGUUGAAGAACUCACUCUGUUUGAGUGCUGGUCAUUAGAAGCUGUAGUAGCCUUCAACCGUGAAGGACUUAAUGCCAUAGUAAGACAGGGAUUUCUGGUCUUCAACAACCUAACAACUUUGAGAGUUCAUUCUUGCAAAAGCCUGAAAUAUUUAUUCUCACUCUCAAUAGCAACAACAGGUCUCACCCAACUUCGGAGACUAACUAUUAUGUACUGUGAUUCGAUUGAAGAAAUAGUGAGAAAUGAAGAAGGAGGAGCAGAAGAUGGUAGAGAUAAAAUAGUAAUUCUUUUCCCUAGGUUAGAGGAUCUGGGUCUCAAAAGGCUACCAAACCUCAGAAGCUUUUGUGAGCCAAAUAAUAUUGCUUUUCAAUUGCCAUCCUUAAAUCACAUCUCUGUUCAUAAUUGUGACCAAAUUGGGACCACAUCUGGAGGCACAAGUUUCUUCGGUCAUCAUCUUCACAAGACCCUUGAGCAAACAAGUCAGAGAUCAUUUGUAUUGAGAACGGCCAAGAGGUAA